UAUUACGGCUCUAGAACGCCACAACACGCGACGCGCGCGUUUCGAACGUAGUGCACGAUCCCGCGACCGGUUCGAAGCAGCCGAUGAGCGACCAGUGACAUCUCGAUAAUUUGUGCUCUGUGUGACUUAAAGUGAAACGCUCAGUGCAUUUGUGCGAGUUAUGGAUUACCGCGGAUCUUUCUUCGCGGAGUGCUGACGACCGUCGGGCCUCGUACCCGACGUGUGCCCCGGCGCCGCCAGCCCGGACGCGGCACCAUGCGCGCCUCCGCGGUGCUCUUGGCCCUGCUAGGGUUUCUGCCCCAGGUGCUGACGUCUGGUUUUUUUGAACUUAGGAUAAAAAGUUUUACGAACUCCUUGGGUAGGUUAAGUAGUGGCCAGUGCUGUGAUGGUUCCUCAAAAAGUGAUGCGCCGUGUUUGGCGCCGUGCAGGACUAAGUUCCGAGUGUCAAGAUUUAUCAAGCCAACAUCGACGACGUCGCCGUGCACCUUCGGCGACAUCACGACACCGGUAUUGGGCGGGAACUCAUUGGACGUGCCCAACCUCAACGUGGAAGGAUUCAGCAAUCCGAUCGUGUUCCCCUUCGACUUCACGUGGCCGGGCACAUUCUCGCUUAUAGUGGAAGCGUGGCACGACAACAACGACACAUCCAGAACUGACGAUGCGUUAAUCGGCCGAAUGACGAAGCAAAGUGUGGCCGAUGUCGGAGGUCCGUGGAUAGAGGAGGAGCAGCGUUGGGGAGGUCCGUCCGAAGCCCACUUAAGGGUUUCGUUCCGAGUCACCUGCGCUCCCCAUUACUACGGUGCCGGCUGCGCUGUGCUGUGCCGGCCCCGGGACGACAGCUUCGGCCACUACACCUGCUCGUCUGCCGGGGAAAUCGUGUGCCAGGAUGGAUGGACCGGAGACUAUUGUAGCAAACCAAAAUGCCUGGCCGGCUGCGACUCCGAGCACGGUUACUGCACCAAGCCCGACGAAUGCAUAUGUCACUCGGGGUGGGUGGGCAAACGCUGCGAUAAGUGCGAGCCGCAUCCGGGAUGCGUCCACGGAACCUGCUCGAGGCCCUGGGAUUGCAUCUGCAAAGAAGGUUGGGGUGGACUUUUCUGCAACCAAGAUCUGAACUACUGCACCAAUCACCGACCGUGCAGAAAUGGAGGCACUUGUCUUAACACCGGUCAAGGCAGUUAUACUUGCGUGUGUCCACCUGAGUAUACGGGAUCGGACUGCGAGAAGUCUCUACACUCAUGCGCCGUACGCCCUUGUCUCAAUGGAGGCCUUUGCGUACCAGAUGAAGGUGGCGAACUUUCCUGUACUUGUCCCCAAGGAUACGAAGGAGCGCGCUGUGAGACGCGGCGACUUACCUGCUUUGAUCGACCUUGUCACAACGGAGGAACCUGUGAACCGAAAUCCUCCGGCUACGUGUGUGUAUGUCCGGUAGGGUUCGCGGGCACGGACUGCGCCCUCGAAGCCGACCCAUGCGCCGCCAACCCCUGCCGCAACGGAGCCACCUGCUCCCGAGCAGGCAACGGCUUCAAAUGCACGUGCAGAACAGGCUUUAGAGGCAACCGAUGCGAGAUUGACAUAGACGACUGCGCCGGCAUCUUGUGCGAACACGGCGGGACCUGCGUCGACCUUGUUAACGGACAGAAAUGUCAGUGUGCUCCCGGAUUCCUCGGCCCCCGCUGUGAAACUCGAGUAGACAUGUGCUUGACAAAACCGUGCGCAAACGGCGGCGAGUGUCUAGUUCUAGACAACGACUACGGGUGCCGGUGCCGGCCUGGCUUCACCGGCAAGGAUUGCAGCAUCGACAUCGACGAAUGCGCCUCUUCGCCGUGCCGGAACGGAGGAACGUGUCGCGACCGAGUGGACGGGUACAGAUGCGUGUGUCCGCACGGAUGGGGAGGGCGCUCUUGUACCGUGUCGCUGUCGGAGUUGGCAGCGAAACAGGCAGGCGGACACUUGCCGCGCGUAGGUGAUUCCGACGAAGAGGAGCGGCUGUCGGCGCAGCAGGUGGCGUGGAUAGCGGCGCUGGGCGCUCUGGUGCCGGCGGGUGCAGGUGCGGCUGCGCUGGCCGUGGUUUGCGUCCGGCGCCGGAGAGCGCGGGCGGCCGCCGCUGCCGACGCGGAGGCGCGCGCCCAGAACGCGGCCAACGCGGGCGGCGGUCACGUGAUCCGCAACACGUGGGGCAAGUGCGACGCGCCGCCCCCUGAGUGUCAGAACGCGCACAACGCUGCCGCCGAGGAGUGCAAGCGCAAGACGCUCAACACCGAGAGCGCGCGCCUGCUCGCCGCGCUUGAUCCCCGACUCUCCAGGCUCUCCGCAGACUCGGCGUAUUGCGCGAAUAGCGAUACGUCGUUAGUGAAGCGGGCGCUGGAGGGCGGGGGGGUGUACGUGCUGGACGACCACUGCUUGCCGCCGACGUUCGCCACGCAAGUGUAGUGCUCGACGAGACUGGACACGAUAAUUUAUUUAUUACCGAACGGACGCUCUCGCGAUUCAGGCUGUGCGCCGCGUGUAAAUAUAGCGUAAAGUGUAAAGUGACCCCUGUAUAGACGGCUAGGUGUAAGCAUUCGGAUGUAUUUAUUUGUGAGUGCGAUUCGUACGCCCCCUGUAUAUAGUAUUGGCGCGACGGAUCGCCAGUUCCGGCCCUGAGCACGAGUCCGUGACGUCACGCGGCGAGUCCGGGGCCGAGUGGUGAGUCCACUGUCUGCGAUCUCUGUAGGU